CGGGCCAGCCGCGGCGCGGACGGAGCCAGAGAGAGAGAGGGCGGCAGCGGCGGGCACAUCUGGGGCGCAUCUGGCCGGCGCUGCCGCAUCCCGGGGAGGCGCCCCGCGCCGGGACGGGGACCCUGCGGCUGUUUUGUGGCCCCUUUCGGUGCCCGCGGGCGGGGUCCCAGCCUGCAGCGCCGCCCCUGCCCUGGGUCCCCCCCCCCUCCCCGGCGCAGCCCCGCCGCCCGCCCCCACCCAUGCUCACCAUGACCGAGGAGCACGACAAAGCCCUGGAGCCGCCCUGCAGCCCGGCGGGCACCGCCAGCUCCAUGUCCCACGUGGACUCGGACUCCGACUCGCCCCUGUCCCCCGCCGGCUCGGAGGGGCUGGGCUGCGCCCCGCCGGCCCCCGCCCCGCGCCCGCCCGCCGGCCCCAAGGGGGAGCCGGCCGAGGUGGACGAGCGCUUCCCCGCCUGCAUCCGGGACGCCGUGUCGCAGGUGCUGAAGGGCUACGACUGGAGCCUGGUGCCCAUGCCCGUGCGGGGCAACGGAUCGCUCAAGGCCAAGCCCCACGUCAAGCGGCCCAUGAACGCCUUCAUGGUGUGGGCGCAGGCCGCCCGCAGGAAGCUGGCCGACCAGUACCCGCAUCUGCACAACGCCGAGCUCAGCAAGACCCUGGGCAAGCUCUGGCGUUUGUUAAGUGAAAAUGAAAAACGUCCCUUUGUGGAAGAAGCCGAGAGGCUCCGGGUUCAGCACAAGAAGGAUCAUCCGGAUUAUAAAUACCAGCCCCGGAGGAGGAAAAGUGUAAAAGCUGGCCAGAGCGAUUCUGAUUCAGGAGCGGAGCUCAGCCAUCAUGGAGGGAGCCAGAUCUACAAAGCAGACACCGGGCUAGGAGGUGUGGGAGAUUCUCACCAUCACAAUGAUCACACAGGGCAAACUCAUGGACCACCCACCCCUCCUACCACCCCUAAAACGGAUCUUCAUCAUGGGAGCAAGCAAGAGCUGAAACACGAGGGGCGCCGCCUAGUGGAGAGCGGCCGCCAGAACAUAGACUUCAGCAAUGUGGACAUCUCGGAACUGAGCAGCGAGGUCAUUAACAUGGAGACCUUUGACGUGCGUGAGCUUGACCAGUACUUGCCCCUGAAUGGCCAUUCCGCCAUGCCGGCUGACCAUGGGCAGAACUCCUCAGCAGGGUCUUACGGCCCUUCCUAUUCCCAUUCAGCCAACGGUGCCAGUGGAGCAGCCCAAGUCUGGACUCACAAAAGCCCAUCCUCGGUGUCCCCUACUUUAAAUGAAACCAGCCAGCAGAGACCACACAUCAAAACGGAGCAACUCAGCCCAAGUCAUUACAGCGACCAAUCCCAUGGGUCUCCAACUCACUCCGACUACGGUUCCUAUAGCGCACAGGCUUGUGCCACCACGGCUUCCACCGCCACAGCGGCUGCCUCUUUCUCCAGCUCGCAGUGCGACUACACAGACCUCCAGAGUUCUAAUUACUACAACCCUUACUCCGGGUAUCCCUCCAGCAUUUACCAGUAUCCGUAUUUCCAUUCCUCACGGCGCCCCUACGCCACACCCAUUCUGAACGGCUUGUCCAUCCCUCCCGCUCACAGCCCCACUGCUAACUGGGACCAGCCUGUCUACACAACCCUGACGAGGCCUUAGAGGACGGAAGGAGUCUGAGGGGUCUUCCCAAAACUAUAUGCACUAAUGAAGGAAUGAAGGAAAAACAAAGUGGAGUGCUGUGGCAAUUCCCUAAGUGCCUGCUGAGCCACUGGGAACUCUAUUCAUUGUGACUGGAUGUCCGCUUGCUUCGAAAUCUCCAAACUUUUAAAAGACAGAGUUCUAUUUUUCUUUAAUGAAAACAAAACCUAACGGACGGAAAAUUCCUUUUGAAUAAAUGAAGGACAAAACGAUUUGACUCCUCUGUGAGGACUGAAGCGAACUUACUAGUUUUUGAACGUCUGAGUGCAAAAAUGGAAAAAAGAUGUACAAGACUUUAAGGGUCUAUUGCAAUGUGAGAUACGGACCAACCUUGGAGGCAAGAACUCACUAGGACCAAUUAAUAUAUACAAAAAAAUUCAGCUAUUACAUAUAACGAUCUUGUGGGAACAUAUCAGAGUCGGCUAGGACCAACCAAUUAAAUGUCUGAGGUGUGUGUUUUAGUCAAGAGUUCUUCUAAGCAAGGUUUGGCUGUAGUUAACAUUCAUUUUUGUUUUUUGGAAGCUUAAAAGUGUUUGGGUGUUGGGGGUUUUUUUUUUUUUUUUUUUUUUUUUUUGGAAAUCUGUUUAAUAUGUAUUUAUGUUCUGUUUUAUUGUCUUUUUAAUUAAUGAAGUAAUUUUUGUGCAAAAAGUAGAAUUUUAAAAAAAUUUAAAGAUGGGGCAGAGGGAAGCAUAAAAAAAUAGUGGAGACGAUCCAAUAAAAUGGUGGCCUGAGUAUAUUUUUUAACCACUGCAGAAUUGUGUUUGAGAGAGAGGCUGAAAUAAUCAGUAUGUCACACACAACCAGUCACGAAUGUGAAAUUGACACACAAAUCUAAAACAAUAAAAGGAAGGGGGGUGGGGAAGCAGUUAUGGGCUUGGUGCAAAAGUUACUAAUUAAAUUCAACAGCUAAAUGAUUGGAAAAAGGACCAGGACAGCGGGGAUUUUCCUUGCCAGCUGCUUUCAAGAUAUUAAAUUGGAUUUGAAGGCAUCACUGAAUCUUUGUACACUUUCAGAACCAAGGCUAGUUUAUAGAAAGGUGUAAUUUAAUGAGAAAUUAUGGACUGAGUUCCACUUUAAUUUUGGCUUCUAGGGACCAGAUGUCAUCCAUCAAGCUGUGAAACUAAAACCUCCACUAAAUUUUUUUAGGUACUUAGGUUUAGACUAAUAUUUCAUUGAUAUAUUUCUACUUCUUCCAUUGUAUGCUGAGCAUAUAAUAACCAUCUAUUUUAUGGUAACUUGUGCCUUUAAAAACUUUGUAAAUCUUAAACACAUUUCAGAGGUUAUCUUCUUUUUACCUUUUCUAUGUUUCCUACUCUUUUUCUAAAAGUAUUUUUUGCAUAUUUCCUUUGGGGAUGUGGGGGUGGGGGAAGUUACAGAAAACUCAUUUUUAUGCAAUCUAUUUUUCUGUAUAAAGUUUGAAGACUUCAGCUGUUACUUGUUCUGUUCACUAGCUUCUGACUAAGCAAUGCUAACUUUUGUACAGAUCAGUUUGAUAAAAUUAAAAAAAUUGCUUUUUAUCAA